GGAGAUCCUUUUGGAGCCUUUGUAUUUCUUGCCUGGGGACUCUUCUGGCCUGCCCAGGCUGGAGUAGGCCCAGUUCCUAGGCCCGCUUUUGUUUUGUUUUUGAUACUAACGGGGUCUGUUUUGGGGCUCCCUCAGGGACUAUCGUGCCAUCCCAGAACUGGAUGUCUACGAGGCUGAGGGUCUGGCCCUGGACGAUGAGGACGUCGAGGAGCUGACAGCCAGUCAAAGGGAAGCAGCAGAACGGGCCAUGCGGCAGCGUGACCGAGAGGCCGGCCGGGGCCUGGGCCGCAUGCGUCGCGGGCUCCUGUACGACAGCGAUGAGGAGGAUGAGGAGCGCCCCUCCCGGAAACGCCGCCAGGUAGAGCGGGCCACAGAGGAUGGCGAGGAGGACGAAGACAUGAUCGAGAGCAUCGAGAACCUGGAGGACCUUAAGGGCCACUCCGUGCGUGAGUGGGUGAGCAUGGCGGGCCCACGCCUGGAGAUCCACCACCGCUUUAAGAACUUCCUGCGCACCCAUGUGGAUGGCCAUGGCCACAACGUCUUCAAGGAGCGCAUCAGCGACAUGUGUAAAGAGAACCGCGAGAGCCUGGUGGUGAACUAUGAGGACCUGGCGGCCCGGGAGCACGUCCUGGCCUACUUCCUGCCAGAGGCGCCGGCAGAGCUGCUGCAGAUCUUUGACGAGGCUGCGCUGGAGGUCGUGCUGGCCAUGUACCCGAAGUACGACCGCAUCGCCAGCCACAUCCACGUGCGCAUCUCCCACCUGCCUCUUGUAGAAGAGCUGCGCUCGCUGAGGCAGCUGCACCUGAACCAGCUGAUCCGCACCAGCGGGGUGGUGACCAGCUGCACGGGCGUCCUGCCCCAGCUCAGCAUGGUCAAGUACAACUGCAACAAGUGUAACUUCGUGCUGGGGCCCUUCUGUCAGUCCCAGAACCAGGAGGUGAAGCCGGGCUCCUGCCCUGAGUGCCAGUCGGCUGGCCCCUUUGAAGUUAACAUGGAAGAGACCAUUUAUCAGAACUACCAGCGCAUCCGAAUUCAGGAGAGUCCCGGCAAAGUGGCAGCCGGCCGGCUGCCUCGCUCCAAAGAUGCUAUCCUCCUCGCCGAUCUGGUGGACAGCUGUAAGCCAGGAGAUGAGAUAGAGCUGACUGGCAUCUACCACAACAACUAUGACGGCUCCCUCAACACGGCCAAUGGCUUCCCUGUCUUCGCCACCGUCAUCCUAGCCAACCACGUAGCCAAGAAGGACAACAAGGUCGCUGUGGGGGAAUUGACGGACGAAGACGUGAAGAUGAUCACCAGCCUCUCCAAGGACCAGCAGAUCGGGGAGAAGAUCUUUGCCAGUAUUGCUCCUUCCAUCUAUGGGCACGAAGACAUCAAGAGAGGCCUGGCGCUGGCUCUGUUUGGAGGGGAGCCCAAAAACCCAGGUGAGUGGCGUUGGGCGCCACCCCCUUUCGCUCUGCGUUGCAGGUACCAGACAAGGCAGGACUUUGCAUUUAAAGGUUGGGUGCCUGGGGAAAAAGUACAUGUUAGCAGAUGGCCAGACCGUGUAUGGCUCGGUCAUUGUAGGGAGAGUGUAGCCCGUGGCUAUGGUACCUUGGGUGGUUUUAACUAUAAAAAUAAUACAUGAAUAUGUAGAGAGAAUUAUGUCCUCUUCUUAAAUUGUUAGAAGUCACAGAAAGAUGGAAGUCCCUGCUGACCACCGUUUCUAAUCCAGUCCCCUCCUGGUGGGUCACUCCUGAUCAGUGUGGUGUGUGCACUGGUGGACCUUUGCGUGGCCAUUCACAUAGACUUACACGUGUACUUACAAAAUAAUACAGUUCCAUGGCAUGCGUGUAUUUCUCUUUAUAAACACAGUAUUUCUUGUACCUGCGUGUAAGUGACUGUAAAAUACCCAGCUUACCUCUUCUUGCUCAUUAGCAUGUGUGGAGCAUCCUUUUGCACUGGUGCAUACUGAGCAGAUUUAUUCCCAUAAGCGAGUGUAUCAAGGUCCCUAUAGCACAGCGUACAGAGCUGUUCUUCUCAGUGGAAAACAUCUGCAUUGCUUCUAGUUUCUUAACUUUCCUAAGA